AUGGACGCAGCUGCAGUGGUGACUCUUCUGGCUCUGCUGGUGGCGAUGGCUGGCGUCAGUCAGGCUCUUCACAUCCAGGGUGGUGUGGACAAAAAUGACAUCCUGCCAAGCAGCUCAGAGGAGAACAUGGCCGACCGCCUGUUGGGGCUGGAGAGUGAAAACACAGAUAGCAGCUUUGACGAUCGCCUGCUGACCUCGGUGCUCAGAGCUCUGCUGCUCAGACCUCAGAGAGAAACCAGGAACUCAGUCCUGCAUCAGCCACAGAGGUUCGGCCGUGAUUCCAGAGGGCAGGUGGUGAUGGACGACCAAAUACACACUCGUAACUGGGACGCCGCGGCUCCCGGUCAGAUCUGGAGUAUGGCCGUCCCCCAGAGAUUUGGCAAGAAGUAAUCUCCCUGUCAGAUGUGCACAUCACCGUCCUGGUACGAGGCAGAGAGACGGGCAAAUGUGGAUUGACUAAAUUUGAAUGAAUGAAUCUGAUUUCAAUUAAAAACUCCUCAUUAGGCCGGACUUCAGACCCGACACUCCCACUCAAAUUGACGGGAGCUUUAUUCACACAGUUUUCUUUUCUUUUGAUUUCCGACACCUCAAAGCAUGUUAACUAUAGUGCCUGUUAAAGUUCUCUGA